CCUUGCAGAGAAGUGGCAGGAACGCAGCAGCCCUUCUUUCGUCAUGGCAAAUCCCAGGUGCACCCUCCAACUGCUCUUCCUCGGCCUGCUGGUCUCUCCAGCCUUCCUCCUGGAGCAUCCCUGUGAGGUUGUCAAGAACACGAUCCCCCGCGGCUCUUUCAGACUAGACGUGAGUCCUCAGACCUUUCGGCCACAGGAGAUCUAUACAGUAACCAUCAGCGGAAUAGACAACGGCACCUCCGUCAUCCUGCAAGCCCUUGCCGACGGCCGUUCUGGGGGUCUCUGGGAAGCAGAGACUGAAGCCGUCAGCUGCAGCGGCACAGAGUACCUGGUGAAAAAGAAUGUCUCUGGCAACGGCACCCGGACACGCUGGACGUCCCCGAGUAACGCCAAUGAGACCGCUGUGAACAUCAGGGCCUUUGUCACUUUUGCCAAUGGCACAACCCUGAUGCAGGCUCACACCCUCACAAGAGCUCUGACGACGGGAGUCAUGACGCCCAUGCCCUCGAGAGCCACACACACCGCCUCAGGCACCCGCCUCAACACUACCGUGGCGACCCACAACUGGGCCUCCACCCACCAGGAGCACCAAGUCACACAAAGUUCUGCCGUCACGUCCCAAACCCGCUCCGUCCUCUUGGCUGCCGUGCAGUUCCUGCCCGUCUUUCUCGGCUUCAAGCUGCUCUCCUAAGCCGACCCACGCACGCACUUUCCCAUCGCCUCAGAGGGGCCUCCGUCUUCAAGCUGGGAAGGCUGAUGUCCUCAGGAAGGAAAUCCAACCCCUACGAAAAAACCCCAAAUUAACCAUAAACUCAUGGCACAGGUUCUUUCCGCGACCCCCAAGCUCAACUGUGUGUGACCCCCACCCCCCAAGAUUGGUUGUGACUUGUAGGUCCGAACAGAAACGGCCCAGAGGUUUUGGUGCCAGACGCAGAAAAUCCAAACGGCGCCCUCUCCUCCCGUUGCAAGGGCAGAUAUGGAAUAAUGAGCAGAAUAAUGUGUUCUAAUCGAUUGUUAUUUAUAUUAUAUGUUUAUAUGCUUAUAUAGGUUUUAAUUGUAUUCUUAUGAAAUGUCAUGUAAGCCACCUGAGCCUGCCUUCGCGGGGAGGGCGGGGUAUAAAUGGAAUUUAUUUAUCAAUCAAUUAAUUAAUAGAUAAUUGUCAGGAGCUGCCGGUUCAGGUAUCCCCAGGGGUCAUUUCAUAGAAAAAGAGGUGCAGGAGCUCAUUAGCAUAACUUAUUAGCA